AUGCAAAAUUCAGCCACGGUACGAUCGGGCGAAUAUAUCGAACUUGAAGAGACCUUCAAAGUAUCCAUCAAGCACGACGAGCAGCCUCCAUCUCUGACCGAACCCCCCUCGCCUGUCCAACCCGAUGACUUAGCCAAGGAGCUCGACUGGGAUGGCCCAGAUGACGCUGACAAUCCGCACAACUGGGCAACAUGGCAGAGGGUCAUGCACAGCGCGAUACCGGCCGUAUAUGGAUUCGGACUGACCGCCGGCAUUUCCACCUUUGUCGCAGCGAUUCCCGCCAUCCAAGAGCAAUUCCAGGUCAGCAGGAACGUGGCCCUGCUCCCCGUGUCCCUCUACACCGCCGGGUUUGUCAUCGGCCCGUGCAUAACAUCUCCCAUCUCCGAGCUCUACGGGCGCCGGUGGAUAUACUGGUUCAACUUCCCGACCCUUGUCAUCUUCAAUGCCAUCGCAGCGGCUUCGGAUAAUUUCACCAUCCUCGUCGUAUUUAGGUUUCUGGCAGGCACCUGCGGGUCAGGUGUGUUGGCAGUCGGGGCAGGUUCCCUCUCAGAUGUGUGGGAUAUGAAGUACGCCGCCAAGGUGGGCGUGCCGUAUGUCCUGGCCCCGUUCCUGGGACCAACCCUCGGGCCGCUGAUGGGCGCAUACAUCCUCCACCAGUACAAUAACAACUGGAAGUGGUCUGUUUGGGUUGUGCUGUGUAUCUUGGCGCCUGUUGGCGUUGCCAUUGUGUUUAUGAAGGAGACAUCCAAGCACAGGAUCCUCUAUUUGCGGGCAAAGAAGAGGGGGAGCCAUGUGAAGACAGACACCGCCUCCGAAACGACGAGGAAGAUUGUCAAGGGCUUGCUCAGGCCCCUCCACAUGUGUCUGUUCGAGCCGCUCUCGAUAUUUCUCGGCCUCUAUUCAGCUUACAGCUUUGCCAUGAUAUUCUCUUUCUUCGGGUCAUAUGCAUACAUCUAUACCAAGGUAUACUCGUUCGACCAGCGUCAGAUUGGAUUAUGUUAUAUUCCAGUCAUUAUCGGUUUCCUCCUUGGCGUUGCGACAUUCGGCAUCUUCGAUAAGAUCAAGUACCAGAAGGAGGUCGUUCGUACCAAUGACAUGGCGGCCCCUGAACACCGGUUAUACGCAGCCCUCUUCGGCUGUUGGCUGGUUCCAAUUGGCCUUUUUUGGUACGCAUGGACUCCAGGUCCAAACACGCACUGGAUCGUACCCGUAUUGGCUGGUCUGCCGUUCGGCUGGGGAACGCUUGCGAGCUUCCUAUCGUGCAUGGCGUAUCUGAUCGACGUGUACGGAACUGCAAACUCCGCAUCGGCAGUUGCGGCAAAUGGGAUGCUGAGGUUUGCCAUGGGCGCAGCAUUCCCUCAGUUCAUCAUCCAGCUAUACGACUCCUCGAUUGGGAUCCAUUGGGCAGGGAGCAUUUUUGCUUUCAUCAGUGUGGUUAUGAUACCUGUGCCGUGGAUUUUCUUCUGGAAGGGCCGCCAGCUGCGGCUGCGGAGCCACUAUCCUACCAACAACAACUAA